AUGCAAACGGUGAAGCGGACGCCAACAUGGAAUUACUUGAAAGUGAUAAUCAUCAAAGGCAAGGUUUUGCUGACUCCGACUCAACAUCGUCGAGGAGACGAUAUCGUGGUACCGUUAGCGCCGCAUGCUCGAGCACUCGCUCGGAUGACGACCCAAGUUUUAAAGGGUCAUCUGCUCUACGUUUUGUCCGGAGAUCGUGCAACUCAGAUUGAUUCUUUCGUACAGCAAUAUUAUCUAACGUUUCUGUUGGAGACCAUUUCCAUUGUUCUCUUUGAUGGAAAGAAAAAGCAAGCCAACACUCUGUUGCUCGUCGAGCUCUUGAAACCGAUCGCUGAUGUUACGGAGGUGCAAGUAUUUGAUAAAACUCGCCCAGCUCCCGGUGAUGAUGCAGUUUCAAUUAAAAAAAUCGGAUUAGAAGAAGAAAACGACGGCAAAACAGUUGCUUUUGGUCCUAGGACCCGAAUUGCAGCCUCAAAUCUUAUGGAUGUUGUGAUGAAUGUUAUUGAGAGAUUUUUCACGGUGUUUCUUCAAGAAGAAUAUGAUAUGACUCGUGAUUGCGGUGAGAUUAAGUCUUCGCACAUGGUGAUGACAUCCUUUCUCAUUUCUGCAAGUUUAUUGCAGAAGCUGUCCGAUUUGGAAGCGCUGUCUGCUUCGCCGUUGACGGUAGCGUUGCUUACAAGUGAUGAAUCAAGCGAGUCAAAGGAUGCGCUAUUCGAACCGAAACAACUCAUGAUACAGCUGCAUACAAUGUGCGUUAGUGCAUUGCUAUCAAUUUGGAAAAAACCGAAGUUCUCGUGCUCAUCUGUGGAGUCAUGGCUGACAAAUAUUGUUCCAAUUGCUGUUACUAUUCUUAAAAAUCGCAUUGAUCGCGGCGAUGAUACAGCAAGAGAUGGCGCCGCAGGUCAUCGGCAAAAUUCAGGCCUUACUCCUACCAGCUUAGACAGAAGUCAUAGCAUUGAGCCUUUCAAUGAAGCGCUGUCUUUCCGAAGAGCAAUCUUUACAGGUGCUCAAAGUGGUCGGACCCCCGAAUCGGGCGAGAGUAGUCCCCCACAGCCAUUUGUACCGGAUCCCGAAAUUGUAGACAACUUGAUUUCAAUGGGUUUUUCUCAAACACGAGUGGAGCUUGCGCUUCGUCAAGUUCAGGUGAAUAACGUUGAGCUGGCUAUGGAAUGGAUCCUAGGUCACCCAGAGAAUGAAAGGGAGGCAGAAGACGAUUCAUUUCAGCGGGACAAGUCGAUGAGUGAGGUCAGUGAACCUGUCGAGGCUGCUUCCUCUUUUAACAACGAAGCAACAGAAGGUAAAAAAAAGGAAGAAAACCUACAGGCGUUUUAUAAUUUAUUGAGGGAUAGCUUUGAAGCAGUGUGUUUUCAAAUCCUACGAGUUCAGGCUUACAAAGUAAAAACAGAGGUAACAAAAGCUAUUAAGGACUCUAAAAUUUCGAGCCUUCAGCCAAGCCAAAAUUCUGUUAAAGCGAUCGCCGAGUUUCUCAGUUAUUUAUGCUCACGCUCAGACGAAGAUUGUAAACUGGUGCUGGAUCGUCUAAAUUGUGCUAUCUUGGAUUACUUUCAUGGAAACCAAGAAGAGGGAGAUGAGUAUUUGACAGUUUUAGCCCACCUUCUUGCGCUUGUACUUCGACUAAAUCCGGGAUCAGGGUCUCAAUUGAAACUUCAAUCACCUUCGUGCAUCGACAAUCUCGUUGCUUCGGUGUCGAACUUGGAAAGUAAUGAGCUGAAGCCGUCUUGCACUCCUGUGCUAUUAGUUUUCGACGCUUUGGUAGCAGGGAUGGCAGCAGAGCAAGUCAAGGCUUCCAGGUCACUUUCUCCGGAGAAAUCUCAUGUGAGUGAUGAAGCAAGCAACUGGAAUAAACUAGAGAGCAAAAGCAAAGGCAACGGAAUAGCAAAUCAGGCCGAGGACACAGCAUUUGAACUGCUCAUCCUUACCACUUGCUUGAAAAUCAUAAAGCAAAGAUCUUUAGUGGAUUCAACCAAUGACAGCAAGGCACUAAUCCAUGCAAUCUGGCAACUUUUGUCGCACCUAACGCUCCGAUAUGAUCUAGCAUCGUACUUUUUUGCCCACGGUGGGCUUGAUGCAGUGCUGGAUAUUCCGAACGACUGGUUCUUUGUCGGAUAUCCAGAAGUAACGUGUACAUUGCUUUCGCAGAUUUUAGAAUCUCCUGAAAUUCUGGAGCACAAGAUGGAAGAAAAAAUCCGGCAGGCGAUUACCAAACUGUCGACACGGCUUGGCGCGCCAAGUCAAAUGCGGAUCACGCCACGUGCGUUGCUGGCAGAGGUCGCUUCAUUUGCGGUUCGUAAUGAAUCUGUGCUUUUGAAAGCGUUGCAGAAUUCAGUCUGGGUAAAGAAGAGUGAAUCAGGUCGAACGUAUAUCGUGCCGAGGCCCAAAAAGACGGACAGCUGCGAAACAAUAUCAGGGCAGUCUGGGGAUCAGCCUCAACCACCGUCGGAUCAAAACGAUGCAGCAAGGGCGGAUAAAGCGUUGCAUAAGCUGCCGAAAGAUCAUAAGCAUCAGGCUCACAUCAUUGUGCACAAGGUGAUUGGACGCAUUCGGCGUUUGUGGGACGUCGAACAGCAUAUCAUGGUGGACUUUGAUGCGCAACAGAUAUUCAACACUUCGCCAGCGGAGACAUGCGUUGGAGUGUACUUGCAGCUACUUGUUCAUUUGAUCACACAUUUUCCUGCAUGCGCGGCAGUGCUGGCGAAAGCAAAAGCUGAUGCUGAUUUGCGUGGAGAGCGAGGCAGCUUCGUUCGUUUCUUACUCUCCGAAUGUUUGCCAUCUCGUGAACUAUGUCGGUUUGCUGCGGCCCGCAAAUCAUUGAGAGAGGAUGGUUACUAUGGAAACAGCAGACUCGGUGGGGGCGAUGCAGAUUUGCUAAUUGCAGAUGUUAAAUCAUUCGUUGACAGUCGUACCAGGAUGCGCGUGUACAACGCUCACAGACUGCUUGUAGGUGUCGGUAGUCAUUCGGGUGAAGGCUCGAAGUGCAUCAUCUCUGAGCUAGUAAAUCUGCUCCAAGAAUGGCCGCAGAGCAUUACAGUAGAUCUAGCUAGCGCGAACGACGACCCGAGCGUACGUGACGAACGUGCACUGACCUUAUUGCACGCCUGGUCAGGCUUGAUUAUGAGUAUUCUAUGGCCCAAGGGGUCGUCAAAGGGAUUCGCGUGGGAUAAGGUCCUAGGAAAAGGUUUUAAGGGCAAACACUCGUUUGUGAACCUUCUAGCUGAGGCACUUUGCAAAAUUGACUUAACCCACCAUUUAGCACACGCGACCUGCACCAUGACUUUGCGUCCAUUAUCUACGCUGACGCGGUCCUUUGUGACCCACCGAGUGAGGCGUCUACUUAAAAAGCGGAAUCAUAGGCCAACUGCCUCAGGUGACGCUGUUAGUAGUCAAAAUCAGUCGGUAAGCGGUCGGGUAUUAGUCGCCGUGACACCUUCUGCUGUAGCUUCGAAUAGUACGGAUACAUUCUUUGGCCAAGGUGGCACGAUGGAAGAAGAUCUCGAUAUUCCAGGGGCGAAUGAUAGUGCGGAGUCUCGCUCUUGUCCUUUGCACGACCAGGAUGAUGAUGAUGUUUUCAUGAGAUCUCCGUUGUCUGCAGAAGGCGACCAUGACAUGCGUGCCGGAAUCGAAAAUGAGGAUCACAGUGAAGACGAGCACAGCGACAGUAGUAGUGACUCUAAUCAUUCUACUGACGAAGGAGACGGGGAUGAAGAUGAGGAGGAUGAGGAAGUCAAUGAUGAAGACGACGACGAUGAUGAAGAUGAUGAAGAUGAAGACGAUGAAGACGAAGAUGAUGAUUUUGAAGGCGAAGACGAGGAUGGAGCGCACCAUCGUCUUCAUGUUAUUCGACGAACGGGUGGUCCUGGUCCGAAUCGCUGUAUCUCUUCCAGUCGUACAUGGGGAUCUCUGGAUUCGGAUCUUUCAAGUUUGGAUGCACUUGAUGAAGUGGACGAAGAGGAAUAUUCCUACUUGCACAUACUCGAUGAUGAGGCUUUAUUUACUGAAGAGCAACGACGUCGCUUUCGUUUUGCAACAGCUCAAUCUGCUGCACCAGCUCGUAAUGACGAGAGCUCAAGAAGCUCUGAGGACCGCCUCGUCGACUCCAUGCGCGACGCGCUUGGCUUGUACGAUGCUAGCGGUGGUUUUGGACUACACUCUACUCCUGAUGGACAGACUCUCGUGCUAACUUUUGGAGAUUUAGAAAACGACGAACGCGUAGACGGGGAAGCACAAUUAGAUAUCGCUUCACGUAGAAAUCGGUUAGGCAGUGGAGGAGGACUUGGAUCAUUUUUAGGAGUGCAAAACCGAUUGGAUGCUAGCAGGAUGGCAAACUCACUUCUUCAGUAUAUUGAAGAGUUACCAGACAUGCUCGAUGACAGCUUACUUUUUGAAUCAGAUGACAACGGUGGGAGGAGUGAUCGGACACGCCGUGAACGUCAGCCAGGGGGCCCAGGAGACCACCCAGAAAUUAACGGUACGAUGCACCCUAUGCUGCGCAUGAGUGGGCGUAGUGAUCCACAUUAUUUGAACUCUCUUGAAUUUCUGCACAAUUCUGACCAAUAUUCGCUACCUCGCCAUUCGACACUCCUGCGUGAGCUGCAAGACCUGACCGACCAGGUUCAGAUGCAACCACCUCUGGCUGGCAGCCGAUCUCGUUCGGCUUUGGGGCAAGAACCCUUGCAACGUGUCGGCUUAGGAAGUCGAGGACGACCUCCUAGUCGUAUAAAUCGUUUGUCUGCAGUUUCUAAUCUACUAAGUGAGUUCUCCCUGGACAUUCCAGCCUCGAUAUUGCCAGAGCGUAAUCAGCGUCUCAGCUUACGACGAGGUGAUCGCGAUAUAUUUGGUAACUUUUUUGUCGGUGUCGACUUAUCUCGUGGACUUACCAGCCGCAGCGGCAAUAUCAUAGGACGUGCCGCAUCGAGUUCUGCGAUUUGGGGUCCGGGCGCAAUGGGUAGAAGUGCAAAUGCUCGAUCGGUGGCUUCCAGACUCGAGCAACAGGUAACGCGCAUCUGUGCCGAUGAUGGCGACCAAGCAGUUAUCUCAGAUUCUGGGCAAAGUCAUGCAGAAGCAUCAAUUCAGGAUGUUGAUGGUGUCAUGGAAGGUGGUAGUGGUGGAACCUUACGAAGUGGAGAGCGUACUCAAACUGAUGGUCGAGCUUCUAAUAUAGCAGAAGCUUGUGACGUUCGCUUCAAUACAAUAUCGAAUAGAGAUAGCAUUGAUAGAUUCGAAACGGGUACAGAUGCUGCUUCGGUGUUGGAACUUACAAGUACAUUAGGAGAAACUUCAUUAUUACGGUCACCGCCUCUAUCUGAUGCUGAUGUGGACAUUGCAGACACCGAAAGCGUGUCAGUAAGCCAAGGGGCAGUCGUUGAAUUACCAUCAGCCGUGACCUCUUUACCAGGAAGUACUAUCGAGAGUAUGGCACCUCCUGCUCCAGUACCUUUUACCCUUCCGGGGACGUCUGCAUCCCUCUCAACAUCAGAUGCCAUGAUGAAUUUCACGCUGGACCUAUCGGGAUUCGGCGCGCUUCCUGCCCUCAGCGAUAACACUAGCCACGAAACUAUGCCGCAUGGGACGCCUGCCGCGCUGCCAGAACAACAAGGAGAGCAGCAACACUAUCGAUGCCCUGAAGGUAUGGACGCUGAGGUAUUUGCUUCAUUGCCUUCGGACAUGCAGGCGGAGAUCAUUGCGCAAAACACACCUGCAGUUGUUGGAUCUGCAAGUGUGUUCAGCAAUGCUGCAACGUCUGGAGGUGGGGGCGUUGGUUCGGAGAGUAUGUCACAAAUUGAUCUGGAUAUGGCCAACUCCAGUUUUGAUCGUGAGACACUAGAGGCAUUGCCACCAGACAUUCGUGCAGAAGUGCUAGAAAAUGAACGUCGCGAGCGUGAAGCGGCUGCCCGUGCGGAAACAGCUGACACCUCACGCGCUCAAGAAAUGGACAAUGCUUCAUUCGUGGCUUCCCUGGCUCCAGAAUUGCGUGAGGAAAUUCUGGUAACUUGUGACGAAGCGUUUUUGCAGACAUUGCCAUCUCAAGUCCGUGCUGAAGCCACGGUGCUGCGUGAACGCGCAGCCUUUCGCUCAACGUAUCGCGACCGAAAUCGUGGAACUGAAGAACGGAAUGAUGGUGGUGGUGAUGCUGACAUGGAUGAACUUUUUAAUCGCCCGACAUUGCGACGUAUGCUAAAUUCUCACAGUUCUGAAAGAGGAAGAAGUCUUCGGCGGUCCCGCUUGUUCUACAAUGAAAUAGGUGGAGGGCGUCAUGGCAGCCACGACAUUCAACGUGUAGAUGGCUACUCUCAAAGUCGCAAAGGCUUCUUGCAGAUUGAAAAAGACGAAGAAGAGAAACCUGAUGAGCGGAUUUUCGACGACCGAUGUGUACGUGGUGUCAUUCGCCUAAUAUUUAUGACUCAGUCAGUCAUUCAGAAUCGCGUGCUCCAACGGCUGCUUGCCAAUAUUUGUUUGUACCCGCUGACGCGCUCUUGCGUCCGACGUAACUUGCUGCGCAUAAUAUCGCUACCUCUCUCACAACCUCUAGUUCCUGGUCAAGAGAAGGAUGACGAUGACGAUGGAAGCGGCAACAUUCAAUUUCCUCCAAGCAGGAUGUAUGGCUGUGGCAUUGAUGGAAUGCGUGUGAUAACAGGAUCCUCUAUUCCUGCUGAAUUAGUGAACCGCAUGCUUCAUGUUUUUGUGUCGCUAGCCAAGUACAAUCCACGGUUUACGCUGGAAAUGCUUAAACCUCAUGGCAUGCGUCGAAAAUCGGAUCAAGAAGUUGAGGCAGACAAAGUUCAGGCGACUCUGACUGAUGAGUGUGGUGCAGCUGUUCUUGUCGACUUGUUGGCCUUGCCCGUCGUGUACCGCAAUGGUACAAAUUUGGAUGCGUUGCUAGAAUUGCUUGAGCUCCUUUUUUCACCUUUAGCGCGAUUGCAUCAGCCAGACGAUGAUGAAGAGAAGGCGGAAGGUGACGAAGGAGAUGUUGUAACUCCGGAGUAUGGAGACGAGUGGGUAUCAGUCCCUAUCGUGAAGCUUGAUGAAGUGCGUAUGAGUGAGAUCGUGUCUGUGCUGUGCAUGGAUCUUUGUACUAAUCAAAUGCAGGAGCGCACUCUGGCGGUGCUAAAGCUGUUAAAUCAUGUAAACGCCAACAGCGAGCUUGGAAUCCGUGCGAUUGUACAGCAUGCAUGCAAACUAUCUCAUGUUGAUCUUAAUAAGGGAAGGAAAAUGUCCGCUGAUAGUGCUGGAUAUGAAUCAUCAGCUGUUUUACCUUCCGCCCAAGAUGAGCUUAAACUCUUACGUUUGCUCCAUUCUUUGUCGGAUAUCUGCAAGAGUACAGCAAAUUUCGCUGAAUGCUGUCAAACAAUCGGCUUAGACCCACUGUGGGAUGCACUGAGCCUAUCGCUUACUAAAGCUCGUGCUUCGGGUGGUCUUGAUGACCAGGACAAUCUUGCUAAUGGUUCUGUUACGAUGAGAGCCUCAUCAAUGUCAGUGCCUUCGUUAACUGAUGCAGGUGCAGCCACGGAAGAUGCUGAUGGAAUGGUGAUUGAGGGAAAGAGUGCAGGUGCUUCGUGCGCGAUGGCUGCGCUGCUAGCAAGGUUCCUUCCUCUAGUUGAAGCAUUCUUUGUGGUUAAUGCUCGAGACGCAGCAUCAAUGUCGUUGCGUGUACCUGAUUCUAAUGAACGCGAAGAGACUAUCGUGGCAGCACUGCGUGUUGGUGGAUUUGAUGGCACGGGAACCGGUGCUUUUGAAGAGAAUAAAGAUCAAAACACUUUCGUAAAGAGUACACUGAAACGCACUUCGUCGGCUCUAUCCUCUUUAUCUGAGGCAAGUGAAGCCAUCAGACUAGCUAACUUCGUAGAGUCGAAUCGCGUUCUUUUAAAUCUUCUUGUGCGUGAGAAACCGGCACUUUUGGAUAGCUCUCUGGCAGCUCUGAUUAAAAUUCCUCGCUGCCGAGCUUACCUGGCUUUCGAUAACAAACGCACAUAUUUCCACAGCUCCAUGAAGCGUCUUCGUCAAGCUGCAUUGCGGAACCACGGCGGUGGUAGCUCCUCUGUACGAAUUCCAGUACGUCGUGACCAUAUCUUUGAGGAUUCGUAUUAUGCACUUCGAAUGCGCAGUGGUACAGAAUUACGACGAAAACUGCAUAUCUCAUUUACAGGUGAAGAAGGCAUUGAUGCUGGUGGAGUUACACGAGAAUGGUACAUGAUUUUGGCGCGAGAGAUGUUUAAUCCGAACUACGUGCUCUUCACUUCGGCCGCAGACUCACCUACGUUCCAGCCAAAUCCGCUUUCUUACGUGAAUAAAGAUCAUUUAAGUUAUUUUGAGUUCGUCGGAAAGGUGCUAGGUAAGGCGGUAGCAGAUGGACAGCUUCUGGACGCUCAUUUCACGCGGUCCUUUUACAAGCACAUCCUGCAGUUGCCGAUUACGUACCACGAUAUGGAAGCUAUUGACCCGGAAUACUAUCGCAAUCUUCACUCCAUAUUGGACAAUUCAAUUGCAGAUCUUGGCUUAGAGCUAACCUUCUCUGCAGAGCAGUCGAAUUUCGGCAAAGUGGAGAUAGUUGAUUUAAUUCCUGAUGGCCGUCAUGUGUCCGUGACGGAUGAAAACAAGAUGGAAUAUGUAAAGCUCGUGACACACCAUCGCAUGGCUACAGGUAUUCGGCAACAAAUCGAUGCAUUUUUAAAAGGUUUUCAUCAGCUAGUGCCACCUGAACUUAUCGCCAUCUUUAAUGAGAAUGAGCUGGAGCUCUUAAUCUCUGGUAUGCCUGAAAUUGACAUUGAUGACUUGAAGGCCAACACGGAAUAUGCCAACUACAAGCCCACCGACUCAGUGAUUCGAUGGUUCUGGAAUGUGCUGUAUGCAUUCACUCAUGAAGAGCGCGCACUCUUUCUGCAAUUUGUAACUGGUACGUCCAAGGUGCCACUGGAAGGUUUUAAGGCACUCGAGGGAAUGCGUGGCACACAAAAGUUUAACAUUCACAAAGCCUUUGGUAAUAACAGUGCCUUACCGUCUGCUCAUACCUGUUUCAAUCAGCUGGACCUCCCUGAGUACGAGAAUGAGGAGAAAUUAAAGCAGUGUCUAUUGCUUGCAAUUCGCGAAGGAUCCGAAGGAUUUGGUUUUGGUUAA